AUGGUUAUGGAGAAGCCUAGUUCCCUGCUGGUCAGGCGGGAAUUUGUGAGACAAUAUUACACACUGCUGAACCAGGCCCCAGACAUGCUACACAGAUUUUAUGGAAAGAACUCUUCUUAUGUCCAUGGGGGAUUGGAUUCAAAUGGAAAGCCAGCAGAUGCGGUCUAUGGACAGAAAGAGAUCCAUAGGAAGGCGAUGUCACAAAACUUUACCAAUUGUCACACUAAGAUUCACCAUGUUGAUGCUCAUGCCACUCUGAAUGAUGGUGUAGUGGUCCAGGUGAUGGGGUUGCUCUCUAAUAACAACCAGGCUUUGAGGAGAGUCAUGCAGACAUUUGUCCUUGCUCCUGAGGGCUCUGUUGCAAAUAAGUUCUACGUUCACAAUGAUAUCUUCAGAUACCAAGAUGAGGUCUUUGGUGGCUUUGUCACUGAGCCUCAGGAGGAAUCUGAGGAAGAGGUAGAGGAACCUGAAGAAAGACAGCAGACACCUGAGGUGGUACCUGAUGACUCUGGAACUUUCUAUGAUCAGACUGUCAGCAAUGACUUAGAAGAACAUUUAGAGGAACCUGUUGCUGAACCGGAACCAGAUCCUGAACCAGAACCAGAGCAAGAACCUGUAUUUGAAAUCCAAGAGGAAAAGUCUGAGCCAGCAUUGGAAGAAACUGCCCCUGAGGAUGCUCAGAAGAGUUCUUCCCCAGCACCUACGGACAUAGCAGACUUGAGGACAUUUUCUUGGGUAUCUGUGACCAGUAAGAACCUUCCACCCAGUGGAGCUGUUCCAGUUACUGGGAUACCACCUCAUGUUGUUAAAGUACCAGCUUCACAGCCUCGUCCAGAGUCUAAGCCUGAGUCUCAGAUUCCACCGCAGUGGCCUCAGAGGGAUCAAAGAGUGCGAGAACAACAAAUAAAUAUUCCUCCCCAGAGCGGACCUAGACCAAUCCGUGAGGCUGGUGAGCAAAGUGAUGUUGAACCCCAAAGAAUUGUGAGACACCCUAAUAGUCACCCUUUCAUUGGCAAUCUGCCACAUGAAGUGGACAAAUCGGAGCUUAAAGAUUUUUUUCAAAGUUAUGGGAAUGUGGUGGAGCUACGCAUUAACAGCGGCGGGAAAUUACCCAGUUUUGGUUUUGUUGUGUUUGAUGAUUCUGAGCCUGUUCAGAAGGUCCUUAGCAACCGGCCCAUCAUGUUCAGAGGUGAGGUCCGUCUGAAUGUGGAAGAGAAGAGUACUCGAGCUGCCCGGGAAGGGGACCGUCGAGAUAACCGCCUGCGGGGACCUGGAGGCCCUCGAGGUGGGCUGGGUGGUGGAAUGAGAGGCCCUCCCUGUGGAGGCAUGGUGCAGAAACCAGGAUUUGGAGUGGGAAGGGGAAUUGCUCCAAGGCAGUGA